AUGUUCAGAAACAACUAUGACAACGACUCGGUCACAUUCUCUCCGCAAGGAAGAAUAUUCCAGGUCGAAUAUGCUGGCGAGGCCGUCAAGCAGGGUUCCGUGGUUGUCGGGCUGACCAGCAAGACCCACGCCGUUCUGGUCGCCAUCAAGAGAAAUGCCGAGGAACUAUCAUCAUACCAGAAGAAGCUGUUCGCCAUCGACGAGCACGUAGGUCUCGCCAUCGCCGGCCUCACAUCAGACGCCCGGGUCCUGUCAAACUUUAUGAAGCAACAAUGCCUCUCGCAAAGGCUCACAUACGACCGCGACAUGCCCGUCGAGACCCUCGUCUCCUUGAUUGGCGACAAGGCGCAGCUCAACACCCAGCACUACGGCAAGCGGCCAUAUGGUGUCGGCCUCCUCGUGGCCGGCAUCGACGAGACCGGCCCCCACCUGUUCGAGUUCCAGCCCAGCGGCAUGACGCAGGAGAUGCUUGCUUGCGCCAUCGGCGCCCGGUCUCAGAUGGCGCGGACAUACCUGGAGAAGAACCUCGACAAGUUUGCCGACUGCGGCCGGGAAGCCCUCAUCCAGCACGGCCUCCGUGCGCUCAAGGAGACGCUCGUGCAAGAUCGCGAGCUGACGGUGGAGAACACGAGUGUUGGUGUGGUCGGCAUCAAGGAGCCUGGUAAGAAGGGCCUGGAGUACUUUACAGUGUACGAUGGCAAUGAGGUCAAGGACUGGAUCAACAGCGUAGCGGACGACGCGGGGGAAGGCGAGGGCAUGCAGGUGGACGACGAAUAG